CCAAGUACAGCAGUCUAGCCCUGAGCAUUCUAGCCCUGAGGAGGAGGAGGACUGAUGAACCUGCUCCUCUCUCUACUCCUCGCCGCGUGGGUGCCGGCGUGGGGGCGAGUAUCGCCAUCGCGGCGACGAAGCGGUCGGUACUACGCCGGUGUCUCUCUGUCUGGCGCGGUGGCCAGCUCUACGACUCACGUGCUGGUCCUACCGCUUGACGUGGUGAAGACUCGCAUGCAGACGGGCAGCCGCCUCGGCUUGAUGACAGCCGCUGGCGCUGUCCUCGCAGACGCGCCCGGCCGAGGGCUAUUCCGCCUCUCGGUUUUUCUCAAGGGCCUGCCUCCGACGGCAGUCGGGUACUUUCUCCAGGGUGGUGCCAAGUUCGGCGGCUACGAGGCGCUGAAGCAGGAGUCGUUUGCGCGGCUGCGGGCGGCUGGAGGGGAGGAGCUGACGCGCCGAUGCCAGCUUCCAGCCAUGCUCGCGUCGGCCGCGGCCGCAGAGAUGGCUGCGACCGUCCUCUUGGCACCGCUGGAGGUGCUCAAGCUCCGCAUGCAGACGGACGCGGCAGCGGCAGCGCGCGGCGCGGCGCGCACCCUGCUGCACAUCUCGCGGCACGAGGGCCUCGGCGCGCUCUACAAGGGGCUCGCGCCGAUCGCGAUGCGCCAAGUACCCUACACCAUGAGCAAGCUGGUCGUCUACGACCAAGUCGCCCGCCUCGCCAAGAGCGCUUGCGUGGGCGAGCGGGAGCACCUGCGACCUUGCGCGAUCGUCCUCACCGGGCUGGUCGCAGGCGCCGCAGCAGCGAUCGUCUCGCACCCCGCCGACUUGCUGCUCACCCGCCUGUGCGGCUCUGCCACGGCCAGCACGGCCACCAGCGUCGCAGAGUGCGUCAUUGCGGACGGCGUGCUCGAGCAGGCCAGGUACUUAAUGAGCCUCGGCUUGCGCGGAGCAUACGCCGGGCUGGCGCCGCGGCUCGCAAUGGCUUCGGUGGCUCGCCAUGACGUCGGUGAUGACGUCCAUCCAAUUUUCGCUAUACGAGUGGCUGCAGAUGUCAUUGGGUGUGCGCCCGCAGGCUGA